AUAACAAUGCAUCAGCAGUUAAUUGCGAAAAUUGUGGAAUAAAACGCAAAGCUUCAAUGAUUCUCCAGCCAGUUGUAAUUUAAAAUCGUGUGCUGUUUCUCCAAGUAGGUAGUCGCAAACCUCAAACAAUUUUUUUAUCUGUUUAAUUCCAAAAUGGCAAAAGACGCAUUGGAUCUAUUAAAUUUUAAGAAUGAAGUCUUCAAGUCAUAUCUCUUUUGGUCAAGUGUUUUGUUGCUUAAAAUGUUACUCAUGUCACUAUUGACAGGCUUACAACGUUUUCGGACACAGACUUUUGCCAAUCCUGAAGACUGUUUAUUGUCUAAAAAGGAUAAAGUCGCCUAUGACAAUCCCCAUAUUGAACGUGUUCGCAGAGCUCAUCUAAAUGAUCUGGAAAACAUUUUGCCCUUCUUCAUUGCUGGACUGUUCUAUGUUCUAACAGAUCCCUCGGCCUUCUUGGCCAUCAACCUAUUCCGACUUGUUGCCGCUGCUCGCAUCCUUCACACUAUUGUUUAUGCCGUUGUUGUUAUACCUCAACCUGCACGUUUUUUAGCCUACGGUGCGGCCUAUCUCCCCACAAUCUACAUGGCUUCCCAAGUGGUUAUAUUUGUUUUCUAGGACAUAUAUAUAGAUUGUUAUAAGAAAGAAGAGUAUGUACUUAUUUUUUUAAAGAUUAUUAUGGAACACUAACAAGUAUAAAAAAUUGGAUAUUUUGUUAAAAGAAAAUUUUUGAUAUUAGAAAUACAUAUCUACUACAGAAAACAAAAUCAAA